GUACCUUUCCUUGUGAUCCGAUCCGGCAGCACUAAAGUCUGGUUUCCCUCCUCCUCGCCUGUCCUGACCACAAGUAGCUGUGCAUUGCUGCCCCCCAAAUUGUAAAUUUGAGCGGUUGGUGGCACAACUUUAAUUACUGGACAAAGUGCUCCUCGAGAUAAAUAAACACAUCUUAGGUCUAAGAAGAAGGUUAUAAUUUUUCAGGUUAUACCUGGAUCACGGGCUGUGGGAAAUGUAGAUAUGCAAGUAGACACUAUAGGUGACCCUCCCGAGGAAACGUGUGAUGGGAAACGGGAGAUGUGAACACCGAGACGAGGAAGGGCUCUGUAGGAACCACUGACAAGUGGUUCGUGCGCGUCCACUGCCCCUGUUUCUCUUUCCAUACCGAACUGCAAAUUCACAGACGUGGCUGGAAAUUCGGAGAUGUCGCAACCAGUGCUUGGGAGGUCGUUCAUUAGAAAAGUGCCCAUCUCUCGGCGCUCCAAAGGAGCGGUGCGGAGCAAAUUGUCUCCUGGGAACUGGAGGGGGCUUGCCCAGACAGCUCCCGGCAGGGGCUGUGGUGGGAUAUGCUAAUAAAGACUGGCCUCUGCGGACCAGCCUCCCUUUCCAUGUAUAUAUAAGGGCCCCCCGCAUCAGUCGAAGGACACUUGGUCUCGGGUCCCUAAUUACGGAGGAAAUUGCCCCAGCGCGCUGCGGAGCGCCUCGCCGACAGCCGGUGGCCGCCGUCCCGUACUGACGCCUCCGCAGCAGGGAUGGAGGUGAUGGACAGCUGCAAGUUCUCCCCGUCCGAGCUCUUCUAUGACAGCUCCUGCCUCUCCUCCCCGGAGGGCGAGUUCCCCGAGGAUUUUGAGCCCAGGGAUCUGCCUCCUUUCAGCGCCCACGAGCCCCCCGAGCCCGCCUGCUCCGAGGAAGAGGAGCAUGUCCGAGCCCCCACUGGCCACCACCAAGCUGGUCACUGCCUCAUGUGGGCUUGCAAAGCCUGUAAAAGAAAAUCCACCACAAUGGACCGGCGGAAGGCAGCCACCAUGAGGGAGAGGAGGAGGCUGAAGAAAGUGAACCAGGCUUUUGAGACCCUGAAGAGAUGCACCACUGCCAACCCCAACCAAAGACUCCCCAAAGUAGAGAUCCUGAGAAACGCCAUCAAAUACAUCGAGAGCCUCCAGGAGCUCUUGAGGGAACAAGUUGAAAACUACUAUCACCUGCCGGGACAGAGUUGCUCCGAACCGACCAGCCCCACUUCCAGCUGCUCCGAUGGGAUGGCCGACUGUGGCAGCCCCGUUUGGUCGGCGAGAGGCAGCAGCUUCGACGCCGUCUACUGCGCCGAGAUGGCCCACGGGUACGCCGCCGAUCAGAGCAGCGCCCUGUCCAGCCUGGACUGCCUCUCCAGCAUCGUGGACCGUCUCUCCCCGGCGGAGGAACCAGGGCUGUCCCUCCGCGACGCCGACUCCCUCUCGCCCAGCGCCAGCAUCGACUCGGGGCCGGAGACCCCCGGGACGCCGCUGCCCCGACGGACCUACCAGGCGCUAUGAGGGGCCGGAGGGCCGGCACCCCGAGCCUGCCGCCGGGGCCGCCUCCCGCGCCCGGCCGCCUCCUGCAAACGCUUCUCGGGCGAGAAGGGCAGCCUUGGAGCCCCUUGGGCCGCCGCUUCCCUCUGGGGCUGCAGGCAAAGCGCCGCGCCGGCCCCCGGCCUGGCAUUUCCCGCACCCCGGCAGGGCGGGCAGGCCCCGGGGCUCGGGACACACGCUGCCCUGGAAUCCCCGCUGCAAAUAAAACGUGCUGUGAGA